AUGGUGUCUGCUGCAGUUCACUUUGGGGAUGGCAGAAUGAGACGGAUGCUCUUAGUACUGCUCUAUGUCUCCCACUCUUCUGCCAGUUGUGGCAUCCAGAAAACCAGUGUUGUGGAAACUUCCGAGGAGGGUUUGGUCAAAGACCAGGAAUUCCCGUGGGUGGUGUCGCUGCAGGAUUCCCAGUACACUCACCUGGCUUUUGGCAGCAUCCUCAGUGAGUUCUGGAUCAUCAGCAUCGCAUCUGCCUUGCAGAACAGGCCAGACAUCAUUGUCAUAGUUGGUAUAGCUAAGAUGGAUGCCAAAGUGAUUGCUCAUGAAGAGUAUCCGGUCAACACCAUCAUCAUCCAUGAGGAUUUUGAUAAUGAGACCAUGAACAAUAACAUAGCCCUCCUGAAGACAGACACGGCGAUGCAGUUCAGCAACCUGGUCCGACCCAUCUGCUUCCUUGGCAGAAAGCUGCAUAUGCCACCAGCCUUGCAGAACUGCUGGGUGGCAGGAUGGAAUCCCACAUCUGCAACAGGAAAUCACAUGACAAUGAGUAUCCUGAGGAAAAUCUCUGUGAAAGACAUCAACAUGUGUCCCUUACACAAACUCAAGAAAACAGGAUGUGGCAAUCACAUAGAGCAGGAAACCGAUGCUGUCUGUUUGGGGGACCCUGGAAACCCCAUGAUGUGCCAACUACAGCAACAGAAUCUGUGGGUGCUGAGAGGAGUCUUGUCCCACGGGGGUGAGAAAUGCCCUGGCUUUUUACUGUACCUCAAGGUGGAAGACUAUGGCGACUGGAUUAUGUCCAAGACUAAGAAAACCAGCCAUCCGCUGUCUGCCUUCCACCACUGGGAGAAUUUGCUGCCUUCACUCAGCUACAAAGAACAUUUCACCAUUACACAGAGAAAACAUUCCGGGCUGGGCCAAGGUGGAUGGUCCCCAGCACACGUGCAAGGAGAAAAAAAGGCCGACGUAUAUUCAUUGCCAGCAAACAGCUCUAGAAAGAGCCCAGACAUUGGGAGGAAAGGGUUAAGGGAAUUAGGCAGGACUUCUGUUGUGGACACACAACCCAUGUACUAUGAUUAUUAUGGCGGGGACUCUGGGGAGGGUAGAGGGCCUAUUUCAGGUCAGAACAGGUUACAUCAGCCCCAAGAAUCCUUGUUUUUCUUUGUGCUUGUUUUCUUUUGCAAUGGUAUCUAGUCUAGGAGCUAACCCUCCCAACUGAGGAGUAAGCUCAGAAUGCUGAGUGCUGGGCAGUCACAUUCUGUUUUGCUGUCUGUUUAAUGGUGAUUGUUUUUGCUAGCUGCACACCUGGGCUGCCAUGGACAGGCCCAGGGUGCACACUGGGCUGGCUCUCCCUCCUGUGUCCCACUCCCACAUGCGGGAAGGUCACUUUCAUUUGUGCUUGUGAACUAAAUGUGGGCUAACAAGUGCCAAACCAUUA